AUGGGCGGUGUGUAUCUUCUUCUUCUCCUUUCCGAAAUUCUGUUCAAUAUUCUGAUGUCUGUUGUCUCGAUGAUUGCUACAGUACCUUCUCCCCUCAAUUCAGCCACCGCCGACAAUGACUACACAACGCAUGCAUUAUUAUCUGACGCCGUGUCGAAAAAGACGUCGAAACUUUCGGUAUCGUUGAGCAUGCAAAUAAAUCAGAUUAUUAUGACAACAUGA